CUUUCGGUCGCGCGCGCGUCGUUGGGCCAUGGCGCUGUUGCUCUCCAACAUCCGACGCGCCUGGCACUACAAGUUCUGGCAAAGGCAGACAGCGGGAUAUCUGCGGAUCUAUGAGAAAAACAACAAGUUGCCAAACAAUGAGAUGAUAGGUUAUGUGCUCAAUGACAAGCACCCCAAGACUAUCCGGGUGGCGUGCGAUAGGUACAUGUGGGUCAUGCGCUACAAAAAGGCCUUUCGCUUCACCAAGAAGAUUUGGGCCCAUGAUGAGCAUUCUGAGUGCCGUGUGGGCGACGUGGUGCGCGUGCAGCCCUUGGGCUAUCGCUUAGGCCCUUGGAAGACGUACGUCUUGGUGCGCGUGCUCCAUCGCGAGCCACGAGAUGACGAGCUGGCACCGCGAGGCUCCGAAAAGAGGAACCUGCUGCUGCCAAGGUCCACCGAGGAAAGCGCAGGUUGACCGUGACGCUGAAA